GGGGGGGCAGAGGACGUGGUCACCAAGGGGAGCCCCCGCCCGCCUUCGCAAAGGCCUACGCCUGAGGUUGCAGGGAGAACUGGAACUGGGCUCCCGGUAGGGGGAAGCGGUGUAUUAAAUCCGCCCCCUACUCAUACCCCACUUCCGAGGGGGUGGACGAUAGAGGGAGGUUGGGGUUGGAGCAGCGGCGAGGGGGCCCCUCCCUAGCACCUCCCCCCACCGGACUUGGUCGCGCCCGAAGUGUAACACUUUCUCUUUGUCGGAGGAGCUCCGCUGUUUCCUGUGCUGUAGAUCCCGUUGCAGCGGCGCCCGUGGCAGCCCUGGCGGACGCAGGAGCGAUGGCAGCGACCGAUAUAGCUCGCCAGGUGGGUGAAGGUUGCCGAACUGUCCCCCUGGCUGGACAUGUGGGGUUUGACAGCUUGCCCGACCAGCUGGUGAAUAAGUCAGUCAGCCAGGGCUUCUGCUUCAACAUCCUGUGCGUGGGAGAGACAGGUUUGGGCAAGUCUACCCUCAUGGACACCCUGUUCAACACCAAGUUUGAAGGGGAGCCGGCCACUCACACACAGCCGGGUGUCCAGCUCCGGUCCAAUACCUAUGACCUCCAAGAGAGCAACGUGGGGCUAAAGCUCACAAUUGUUAGCACGGUGGGCUUUGGGGACCAGAUCAACAAGGAGGACAGCUACAAGCCCAUCAUGGAAUUCAUUGAUGCCCAGUUCGAGGCCUACCUGCAGGAGGAGCUGAAGAUCCGCAGGGUACUGCACACCUACCACGACUCCCGCAUCCACGCCUGCUUGUAUUUCAUCGCCCCCACGGGUCAUUCCCUGAAGUCUCUGGACCUAGUGACGAUGAAGAAGCUGGACAGUAAGGUGAACAUCAUCCCUAUCAUUGCCAAAUCCGAUGCCAUUUCGAAGAGCGAGCUAACAAAGUUUAAAAUCAAAAUCACCAGCGAGCUUGUCAGCAAUGGGGUCCAGAUCUACCAGUUCCCUACAGAUGAUGAGUCGGUGGCAGAGAUCAACGGAACCAUGAACGCCCACCUGCCGUUUGCUGUCAUUGGCAGCACAGAAGAACUGAAGAUAGGUAACAAGAUGAUGAAGGCGCGACAGUAUCCUUGGGGCACGGUGCAGGUUGAAAACGAGGCCCACUGCGACUUUGUGAAGCUGCGGGAGAUGCUGAUUCGGAUCAACAUGGAGGAUCUACGGGAGCAGACGCACAGCCGGCACUAUGAGUUGUACCGCCGCUGCAAGCUGGAGGAGAUGGGCUUCAAGGACACCGACCCCGAUAGCAAACCCUUCAGUUUACAGGAGACGUAUGAGGCUAAAAGGAAUGAGUUCCUAGGAGAGCUCCAGAAAAAAGAAGAGGAGAUGAGACAGAUGUUCGUCCAGAGAGUCAAAGAGAAAGAAGCUGAACUCAAAGAGGCAGAGAAAGAGCUGCAUGAGAAGUUUGACCGUCUGAAGAAACUACACCAGGACGAGAAGAAGAAGCUGGAGGAUAAGAAGAAAUCCCUGGAUGAUGAAGUGAAUGCUUUCAAACAGAGAAAGACAGCAGCCGAGCUGCUCCAGUCCCAGGGCUCCCAGGCCGGAGGCUCACAGACUCUGAAAAGAGACAAAGAGAAGAAAAACUCGCUCCAUCUUCAUCAGCUCUUACUGUUUUACAGUUAACUCUGCUGUUUGCUGCAUGCUGCAUGAGACCCAGGGUCCUGUUUGGGCUUCCUGUAGACACCCUUUUCCUGCGCAACAGAGCCGGGCCUCCCUUUCUCUAAUUCCCCUUUAACACGUGUGGGGGGCACACAACCCGUGUCCUCCUGUCUCUUCCUGCCAAGGUUUAUAGAAGCCUGAGAGUCUGAGGAUGGCGCCUGGCCUCUGGUCAAGAAGCCAGCAGCCACAUGGUUUGGAGAUGCAUUGUGCAUCCCAGUUCCCCUCCCAGCACCCCCAGCCACUGCCCCCCAUCUUUGCCAGACUGUAAGACAUUCAGGGCUCCCAUCUGCUACUUGCCACCACCAGCUUGCCCGUUUGAACCCUUAUUGCUGCUUGUCUCCCUAAGGUAUCUGCAUCCACCACGGCUGGGUAAGCACCAGUCGGCAGGGCUUUCCCCUUCAGGCUCCUGCACCCGGGCACGGGGCUUCCCUGACAGCACUCCCCCGGACAGGAGCCGCAGCCCCUUCUCAGAGGGCUCAAAAGGAGAUCCUGUGGUAACUUUUCCUUCGGGACACCCAUCCCAGCCCUUUCCAGUUUUGAUUCACUCAAAGUAGCUGCACUCAAGCUGUGUUAAAAAUCUGGAAUGAGUUUAUUUACUCCAAGCCCUUCCCAGAAGAUACCACUGCUGAAGAAAAUGGCAUAAGUUUCCCCUCUUUAUAAUUCUGGGUACCCCACAGAUUCAGAAGGGAGAAUAAACCUGACUGUUAUUACCAGCCUAGUGUCUUGAAUGGUAGACUUCUGGAAAUCUUCUGAGAUGUCUCGGCAUCUCCUCUGUAAUUUCUCUUUGGGCUCCACACCAUCCCAGUGAGGCAGGGCCAACAGCAGGUGUGAUAAUCCCACGUCAUAAACUGCCCCACUGAGCAGUCAAAGAGUCGGUGUUUUCAGUUUUGCUCUGAUGAGCCUUCCAGUCUGUUUAAUUGGUAAAUGUGAUGAUGAGUUUUCAUCUGCAUUUUGCACGUGUCCGCCAGUAAGAAGAGGUGAGAGCAUCAGCUGGAGAGGAGAAACAAGGUGUUGUACCUUGAAAGGUCCCCACCUUUACCUCCAGGCUGAGGAUUUGAUAUUUUAAAAAUCUUCCAGCCCUAGUUUUUAUAAUGGGGCCCAUUCGAUAGUGGCUUUGGGAACCCCUUUGAAGUAGAGAGCCCCCCAUUGUCAGGGCCACGAGGCACAGUGGCCUGUGGUGUUUGGCCAGUAGAGAGGGAGAGCUGGAGGUGACCUGGCGAUGAUCUGUGGCUAACAUGCCGUUUCUCUGCCCUUCCUUUGCAGUAAUCCAUGGCUGUGUACUGAAUAGUAUUCCCCGCUACAGCUGGACUGGACUCCACUUAGCCUUUUAAGCCAAGGUUCUUAUUUUAACCGACAGCUUUCCUUUGGGGUGCCAGGCAGCCGAGCCCCCAGCCCCUGCCACAUACUUUCCCUUCAAGCCCCACUUCUUUUGAGUUCUGCCUCCCAGUCCCACUGGCGCUGACCAUGAGCUUCUUCUUUUUUAUUUCUUUGAGGUUUUUUUGGUCACUUUCUUUCAAAACGCACCAACGAGGCUAAGCCAAAUUUUCAGGCCUUUUUGAAGCAUUGAGAAUGGGGAGGGGGUUUCUCUCUUCAACAAUAGAUAAUAAUAGGAAGCGAAAAGUAUAAAGAAUGCACAGCAGACAUGCACACACUUUAUCUUUUCUUGUUGGCAAAGCAAGAGGGCAGUUUUGAUGAGAUAUAUUGUUUGGGGAGUCGCUGAUUGGUUAACGGCCAGAAGCAAGUGAUGCUGCCGAAGCACAAGCUAGUUUCUUGAGAAAAUCCAAGUCUCAGAGUGCAGCAUUUUAGGAGACCCUGUGCUUGGAGGUUUAAAAAACAAACAUGGCUACUCAGCUAGUAGCUCAGAAAGAUGCUAAGUUUGGGCUGUCAGGUCUCCUUGAGCAAGGCAUCUUAUUUGCAGUUUUGAUGUUUCUAUGGCCAGUUUCUCUGCUGCUUCCCAAGAAUCCCAAACUUAAACAACCAACUGGUCUCCAUCCCCCCCCCCCCCGAAUAAUUAUUAGCAUUACAAUUAGGCCCCCUCAUUUGCAUUUGUUUGCAGAUUAACUACUUGAGGCUUGAGGCGCUCUGUAAACUUCAAAAGAAUGAGAGCCACCAGCCUUCGAGAGACCUUCAGGGACUAGGCAGGAAUUUUGUAUUAAGGGAGAAAUUUGGUCUGUAGAACAGAUAUGACCCACUUUUUUCGGAAGAGGAAAUUGAAGCCCAGAGAAGUGAAGGGACUUGCCGGAAGUCCCCGUGCUGUUUUGUGGCAAAAGCCAGGUUAGGUUCACGAAGUCUGUCCUACUCCGAUCUAUUUCACAAAUGGAUCCAAUCUGUGCAUAUAUGUUCCUGGAGACAAGGUCUUUUGAUGGUCGGAGAAAGAGAGUAGUUAGUAUUAGAGGGCCUUUGAGGGGUUUGUUCCUAUAGAAAAAUACCUGGGAAUGAGUGGGGAGGGGCGGGCACAGCCGAAGACUCCAGGCCAGCUCCUGAACUGAGCGUUUCUGCUGACGAUAGGAGUCACCAGGCACCUGUUAGCCCGUCAGCUUUCCUGGAAGUCUGGAAUGGGGCCCAGGCAUGCAUAUGUUUAACAGUGUCCUAGAGGAGCCUUGUAAUCAAGGAAGUUUGGUAGACAAAAAUCUAACCUGUGAGUGAACAUGAGAUCCUUAGAAAGUCAACCAAGGCUAUUAAAAGAAUUGAAAUGCUUAUUUUAUUGGGUGGCUUUCCUCAGUGUAGACAGAAAGAUUUUUCUCCUUCAGUGAAAAGGCUUUUUAAUUAGUACAAUUGUUACUAUUUUUAAAAAAUAUCCUAAGUACUCUGUUUACUUCCGGUGAAACAAAACCAGUCAUUAGAAAUGGUCUGUGCUUUUAUUUUCCCAAACUGGAAUAGAACGGCUUUCCUGAAAAAUCCCCAUGUGUACACACACACACACACACACACACACACACACACACACACACAGAGCCCCCAUUUCUCUUAAGCCAAGAAGUUUGCUGUUCCCAGCUGCAGGGCAGAUCACUUUUGUUUUUGUUUUUGUUUCUUUGUCUUAAUCAUUUGGCAUUUACCCGUGGCUGUUAAUAUGUGCUUGUUUUUAAUUAAAACAAGAAGCUUUAAACCUGUGUGUCGUGUUCUUAAAACCUUCUCCGCAGAUUUCCCAAUGGUGAUGGUCGUCAGUGAGCCCAUUUCUAACCUGUCUUCUGCAAGUAUAGUCUUUGCUACCUCACACUGCCCACUCCCCUUGCCCUGUCUUCCUUUGAAUGUCCUUUCUCUUUGGCUAAUUUCAUGUUUUCUUUCUCUUUCUCUCUCCCUCUCCAGCUUUUUUUAAUCUUGUCUUCAGCAGCUGCACUAAGUCUAAAGGAGAAGACUGCCAUUAUAGAAGAGUUAGGGUUCCAUAUUGUCUCAAACCAGAAAUCAACCAAUCCCCUCCCCCCCAACUGCGUGCACACACACACACACACACACACCACAUACUCAACAAGUUUUCAUGUGUCCCUGUGUCCAGGCAAGAAGCUCUCUCCUGACUUACAUGGUAUUUUAAAUAGAAGUGUCUUGUCCUAACCUAACAAGGCAGGAAAAGAACCGUCAGAGCUGGAGAAUGGACCAAAUGUAACCUCAGAGAGACAACUGCAGGACGACUCACCCGAGUGUAAGUGACUGGGGCAGGAGACCUCAGCUGUGGGUGUGGAAGUGCUGUUCACAAGUUUUCGUUUGAGUUUUCUGUUUUUCUUUUUAAACACCAAUUCUCCGGUUCACUGGGUUGACUGUCUACGGCCACUAUUAAACAUUUCUGAAUUUGGAAGAGAAAGUCAAGUGACGUUUGUAUCUUCAGAAUUCACAGACCUCCUGCAGAACCCCAGCAAGGGGAAAACGGAUCCACUAACACUCAGGUGGAGAAGGGAGAGACGAGAGGGGGGUUUAAGCUUAGUGAGAGCAAAGUUACUCCGUGCAACCUUCCGAGGCCAGUUGGGGUUUUGAGAGAAGUUUCUGCUCAACCUGGGAUUUGGAGGGAGAGCUUUGAUGUUGAUAAAUCUGCCUUGAAUUCACUGGUUUAACUUGCAUCAAAAUACCAUAUGAGUGUGUCCAUUCCCAUAUAUCCUUAUGAACAUCGCCAUUCCACUGUCCAGUCUCUUGAGAGAGCCUCUUUGCAUGUUUUCCAGAAUCUGUGUUUGUUUUUCCUUUCUUCUCCUUUGUUCUUUUUGCUCAAAGGUGUGACCAGUCACUGGCCCUUCGGGGCUUUCAUUCGCCAGGAGAAACAUCCCGAAACCAGCACUGUUUCGCUUGAUACCUUUCUAAUGUCCAUGUCAAUUUUCAAUAAAAUUCAAAGAAAUGCUCAA